GUUGUUGUUCACAUGAGAACUCAUACGGGUGAAAAGCCGUUUACAUGUGUGAACUGUGGAAAAAGUUUUAGUCAUAAACAUGUUUUAACUAAGCACAUGAUGAUUCAUACUGGUGAAAAGCCGUUUUCAUGUGGGAACUGUGGUAAAGGUUUUAUUCAAAAACAGCAGUUAACUGAGCACAUGAUGAUUCACACUGGUGAAAAGCCGUUUUCAUGUGUGAACUGUGGAAAAAGUUUUAUUCGAAAACAGCAUUUAACUCGGCACAUGAUUAUUCAUACUGGUGAAAAGCCGUUUUCAUGUGUGAACUGUGGAAAAAGUUUUAUUCGAAAACAGCAUUUAACUGAGCACAUGAUGAUUCAUACUGGUGAAAAGCCGUUUUCAUGUGGGAACUGUGGAAUAAGUUUUAUUCAACAACAGCAGUUAACUCAGCACAUGAUGAUUCACAGUGGUGAUACGCCGUUUUCAUGUGUGAACUGUGGAAAAAGUUUUAUUCGAAAACAGCAGUUAACUCGGCACAUGAUGAUUCACACUGGUGAAAAGCCGUUUUCAUGUGGGAACUGUAGAAAAGGUUUUAGUCACCAACGGGAUUUAACUCAGCACAUGAUGAUUCACACUGGUGAAAAGCCGUUUACAUGUGGGAACUGUGGAAAAAGUUUUAUUCAACAACAGCAGUUAACUCAGCACAUGAUGAUUCACACUGGUGAAAAGCCGUUUUCAUGUGGGAACUGUGGAAAAAGUUUUAUUCGAAAACAGCAGUUAACUCAGCACAUGAUGACUCACACUGGUGAAAAGCCGUUUACAUGUGGGAACUGUGGAAAAAGUUUUAUUCAACAACAGCAGUUAACUCAGCACAUGAUGAUUCACACUGGUGAAAAGCCGUUUUCAUGUGGGAACUGUGGAAAAAGUUUUAUUCAAAAACAGCAGUUAACUCAGCACAUGAUGAUUCACACUGGUGAAAAGCCGUUUUCAUGUGUGAACUGUGGAAAAAGUUUUAUUCGAAAACAGCAUUUAACUCGGCACAUGAUUAUUCAUACUGGUGAAAAGCCGUUUUCAUGUGUGAACUGUGGAAAAAGUUUUAUUCGAAAACAGCAUUUAACUGAGCACAUGAUGAUUCAUACUGGUGAAAAGCCGUUUUCAUGUGGGAACUGUGGAAUAAGUUUUAUUCAACAACAGCAGUUAACUCAGCACAUGAUGAUUCACAGUGGUGAUACGCCGUUUUCAUGUGUGAACUGUGGAAAAAGUUUUAUUCGAAAACAGCAGUUAACUCGGCACAUGAUGAUUCACACUGGUGAAAAGCCGUUUUCAUGUGGGAACUGUAGAAAAGGUUUUAGUCACCAACGGGAUUUAACUCAGCACAUGAUGAUUCACACUGGUGAAAAGCCGUUUACAUGUGGGAACUGUGGAAAAAGUUUUAUUCAACAACAGCAGUUAACUCAGCACAUGAUGAUUCACACUGGUGAAAAGCCGUUUUCAUGUGGGAACUGUGGAAAAAGUUUUAUUCGAAAACAGCAGUUAACUCAGCACAUGAUGACUCACACUGGUGAAAAGCCGUUUACAUGUGGGAACUGUGGAAAAAGUUUUAUUCAACAACAGCAGUUAACUCAGCACAUGAUGAUUCACACUGGUGAAAAGCCGUUUUCAUGUGGGAACUGUGGAAAAAGUUUUAUUCAAAAACAGCAGUUAACUCAGCACAUGAUGAUUCACACAGGUGAAAAGCCGUUUACAUGUGGGAACUGUGGAAAAAGUUUUAUUCGAAAACAGCAGUUAACUCAGCACAUGAUGAUUCACACUGGUGAAAAGCCGUUUACAUGUGGGAACUGUGGAAAAAGUUUUAGUCGAAAACGGUUUUUAACUAAGCACAUGAUGAUUCACACUGGUAAAAAGCCAUUUUUAUGUGGGAACUGUGGGAAGAGUUUUAGUUUAAAACAGCAGUUAACUCAGCACAUGAUGAUUCACACUGGUGAAAAGCCAUUUUCAUGUGGGAACUGUGGGAAGAGUUUUAUUCGAAAACAACAGUUAACUCAGCACAUGACGCGUCACAGUUGA